AAUUACAAGUAAUAUAUAAGGAGAUAAAAACACACUAUCCGAUAGAUUUUUUCUUUUGAAAUCUAAGUUUGUGUUAGUUCUGAUCAAAAUCAGACCCAAACCUUCAAUUUCAGAAACCCUAGCAAUUUCUCUCUCUGCUCUCUGCAAUCUCUCUCUCUCUCUCUCUCUCUCUCUCUCUUUGUCCCCUUUUUUCAGAAUCUUAAACGCGGCCGUGUCUCCGCAGCGAUCCCCGCCUUUUAGAUUCUCUCAAUUUUAAUUUUCUCGAUGGCCGGCGGAAAAUUCAAUCUAGCUGAUGAUCUCCUCCCCUCCAAAACGGACUCUGACCUUUCGUCCCUCAAAGCUUGGGAUGGGAACUUGGAGGAGAACGGACUCAUUGGUCUGCUUGAUGACGCCAAAGAUCAAUCAACUUCAGAGAGCAGCAUACCUCUGUCCCCACAAGGGCUUUAUGCUAAACCUGCUGAUGCUAAGAUGUUAGCUGCUGGAGCUUCUGGGGAUAUAAGAGCACCAAAUUCGUUGCCGGCCUCUGCUGAUUCCAAUUUGAAAGAUAGUUGGCGUUUAGAUGGGUCUCAGGACAAGAAAGACUGGAGGAGGACUACACCUGAUCUUGAAAGCAGUCGACGUUGGCGUGAAGAGGAGAGAGAAACAAGCUUACUUGGUCGAAGAGAUCGCAGAAAAGAAGACCGUCGUACUGAUAUUUCUUCAAUGAGGGAUGCUCCUGAAAAUAGAACCUUGUCAUCUUCAGAGCGAUGGCAUGAUGUUAGCAGUCGUAGUUCAGGGCAUGAAUCUCGAAGAGACAACAAGUGGUCUUCGAGAUGGGGUCCUGAAGACAAAGAAAAGGAUUCUCGAACCGAGAAGAGGACAGAUGCUGAGAAGGAAGAUGCCCCGACUGACAAAGAAGCUGUUGUUAGUGGUGGCCGCAUAGCUUCUGAGCGUGAGAAGGAUUCUCGUGGUAAAUGGAGGCCACGUCAUCGUUUGGAAGUUCAUGCAGGUGGGUCUGCUUCUUACCGAAGUGCUCCAGGAUUUGGUUUGGAGAGGGUGCGAAUGGAGGGAUCAAAUGUGAGAUUUGCAGUGGGAUCAAAUGUAUACAUAAAGUAUAAGGUACAAAAUUAACGUUAAUAGCUUGAGUAAAGAUUCCUGCAUGUCAGACUACAAGGCUACAAUAUUCUUGGUAAUAGGCUAUAAUAGUUUCCAUUGUCUUGAAAGGGAAGUAGCAGAACUUC